AUGAGCUCGACGUAUACUGUCAGUCUGAACGGCCCUGCUCCUUGGGGCUUCAGGCUACAGGGAGGCAAGGACUUCAACAUGCCACUGACCAUUUCCAGGAUAACUCCUGGGAGCAAGGCGGCUGGAGGCAGCCUCACUCAGGGCGACAUCAUCUCCACCAUCGACGGGGUCAGCACCGACGGAAUGACCCACCUGGAGGCACAGAACAAGAUCAAGGCAGCCACGAACAAACUCACACUCACAAUGCUCAAAUCACGACGCGCCGUACUGGUUCCCACGGGUGGAUCCAGAAUGGACUCCCCAAUGCCAGUCAUCCCCCACCAGAAGGUCAUCGCAAACACACCGGCAAAUGUGGAGUACAGCCCCAGCUUCAACCCCAUCGCCCUGAAAGACUCGGCCCUGUCCACCCACAAGCCCAUCGAGGUGCGGGGUCCUGGGGGAAAGGCCACCAUCGUGCACGCCCAGUACAACACCCCCAUCAGCAUGUACUCACAAGACGCCAUCAUGGACGCCAUCGCCGGACAGUCACAGGCCAAAGGGCACGAGAAUGAGGAACCCCAGGGCUCUCCUUUGGCUACGUUGCCCAUGAAAGACCCGGUGGUGGACUGCGCCUCCCCGGUUUACCAGGCCGUGAUCCGGCCGAUUGAGGACCCUCAGGAGAUGAGUGAGUGGGCUCGCCGCGCCGCCAACCUCCAGAGCAAGAGCUUCAGGAUGCUGGCGCACAUCACCGGCACGGAAUACAUGCAAGAUCCAGAUGAGGAGGCUCUGCAGAGGUCGAGAGACAAGUUUGAGUCCGAGGUGAAGGGCCCACGCUUUGCCAAACUGAAGAACUGGCACCACGGCCUGUCGGCACAGAUCCUCAACAUCCAGGAGUAG